AUGCCGCGAGCCCCUCGACGAGCAGCGCAUCCGACGCUCGACGCCGCAGCGACGACGACGCCUACACGUCCGACCGCCACAAAUGCCAUCACGGCGGCCAUUCCACCGUUCAUGCUCGAAACGCCUCCUCAUGCGCCAUUCGUGACUACGCCGCUACCCUCAAACAACCCGGGCCACUCUAUUGUGCCCGAUAUCAAUGCUCCCAGGCGUGAACAGGGUCGGGCUCAGCACACGCCAAUGCCCAACGAUAAUGUGCAAAAUGAAGCCCCAGACACUUCGCAGCUAUCCCAUCAUGCAAUGGGCUCGAUCGCAUCAGAGAACGGCCACGUAGACGAGCAAUCAUACCUUGAAUCGGCCCAUCAUGACGCCGAGGAUGCCAAACAACUUAAGGGCUUGCGCGACAUUUCCUCGCUGGCCACAUGGACGUUGUCUUCUGCGAAGCCCGGUUGUGCUCUGCCACAAUUGCGCAACCCGAGCCCCGCGCUCUUCUGGCAAAGUGACGGCCCGCAGCCACAUACCCUUACCCUCCAUUUCUUCAAGCUGGUGGCCAUUGUCAAGAUGAGGAUCUACUUGGACUUCGAGUUGGAUGAGUCAUACACGCCUACCAAGAUGAAAUUCUAUGCGGGCAUGUCGGAGGGUAGUCUAGUUGAGUUUGGUUCAUGGGAAGUUACGGAAACCACGGAUCCCGAGACUGGAGAAACGCACAGUAGCAUCGAAGGGGUCCGAGGAUGGAUUGAUGUGCCAUUGAAGGGCGUUGGAGGUAGGGAUACUCAUUAUUACGAAGACGAGGCAGCCCUGGACGGCCAGGUCGAGUCGACGCUAUAUCCGCUCGAAACAGACCGCCGCGAACCCUUUGGCGGAGACGUGCUCAAGGCUAUGGUGGUGCAAGUGCGAAUCUGCGAGAACCACCAGAAUGGCAAAGACACGCACGUGCGUGGUUUCCAGGUCUUCUCACGGGAUCACUCCCGCGCCGGGGAGAUGCGCAGUAGUGGGAAAAAGGAGAAACGGAAGAACCAAAAAGCCGUCAGAAGUGAACAAGAAGCAGACAAGGUUAUUGGCCUUCAGCCGCCCGACUGGAUGGGCGAGGCGGUGCUACGGUAG